AUGAGUACGCCCAAGUCAAUUCGACGAGGGUCUAUUCCCCAUCGCUCUUUUGGUCAAGAGGAUUCAGCUCUGGAUGAUGCAAACACUACUCCUUCAAGAUUGCGCAGGACGCUGGGCAGGUUUUCAAGUGGGAUGCGUCGUCCAAGUUCGACGGCAAGGUUGAGGAACAGCGAAUUUUUAGAUGGCGCGAAACACGAAAGGCCACCGAUUCCAAGCGUCGUACAGCCCUCGGGAGAGGCAUAUGUAACACCAUUACCAGCCUUACCCAUGGUCGUACUAUCAAUCGCGAUGUUGGGCGAGUUCUUGUCGGCUAACGUUUCAGCACCUUUUCUCUUGUUCAUGGUUAAAGGCGAGCUUGCUUUAAAGCCUUGUUCCUCGGGUUUGGAAAGCUUACUGUCGACUUCAGGUUUUGGGAAGAUAACGGACGAAGCAGAGAUAGCCUUUUGGACGGGUAUCCUCGUCGCCACAUUCUUCCUCACACAAUUCCUCACGUCGUUACUCUGGGCCACGGUGGCAGAGAAGCACGGGCGGAGAUUAGUGUUGGUUGUCUCACUUCUCGGAAGCGCUCUGACUUGUGCCACUUUCGGAACAUCGACCAGUCUUCCACAAGCGAUAUGCAUUCGUCUACUUCAGGGAAUCUUUGCAGGUGCCGUGGGCGUGGCUCGUGGUUCUGUUUCUUUCAUUUCGGAUGCUACAAAUGAAGGUCGCGCCUACGCUAUCUUAGGAUUUUGUUGGGGUUUCGGAGGUGUAGCUGGCGCCAUCAUUGGAGGAUCAUUUGAACGCCCGGCGGACAAGUGGCCAAUGGUCUUCGAGCAAAUGCCUAUCUUUAAAGAGUUGCCCUAUCUGCUACCUUGUGGCUUGGCUGCUCUAGUCAUGCUCACUGGUUCCCUUCUCGCGUGUUUCUUGGGACCUGACGGCGGUCCACGAGAAGGAAGUAUUCGACUUCCCGCCGAAAAAUUCGACGUUCCCUCCACAAUCCCAGAAGAAGAAUCGGUACCUCCAACGCCCGUUUUCGAAUCUACUGAGCCGCAAUCUCUUACUGGUUCUAUCGGUCGACGACUGUCACAGAAGCUUUCUGGAUAUUUUGGGAAGGCACAGACUCCGCAAGGAGCUGCUGAAUACCCGAUUGUUCAGCCUGCAGUGCCUUUGUCCUCUAGCCCUCGAGCCGAUAGGAGAACAUUUUCGAGAGCAAGUACCAGCAGAUUCGGAGGGUCUGCAUACGGUUACGGCAGCUAUCGAAACCGUAUCGCGAGCAAUGCCACCGUUGCUAGUCGUCUGCGCCGAGGUAGUUUGGCCAGCAAUGCUGCCCACCGCAAUGCCGAUAGCCGCAGGGAAUCCAUGACGACUGAUUCUAGUGACCUCAAUUUUGCACAGAGGUUGUUGAUGGCGAACGAAAACGCAGUGACGAAUAUCGCCGAUCUGUGGGUCGCUGCGGCGAUGAACGUGGACAAUGAAGACCCGUUCGAGACGGACACUGAGGUGGAUGAUGAUGAUGAUGACUCCUUAGACUUGGGUGAAUUGAUUGAUACAAAUCCUGGAACUCUUGAUACACCUCGUCCAGAGGGCACGUUGCCUAUCGUUAUUGCCAAUCGUCCCCGACAGGAUUCGCGCAGCUCCGCCGCCCGGCAGAGUAUGAGUGGUUCGCCUUUAGCAACUCGUCAGUCCUUGAACAUUCCGAAACGCUAUGGCACUCCAUCCUCCCCUCGUAAACCGUCUGGUACAGGUGGUUCCCGACCUGUGGCCGGUUCCUACUCUCAGAAUGUAGCUGGUACACCUCCAGCUCUACGAAGAUACUCAUCGAAUGUUCCCGCUAUUUUCUCUCAUCCCGGCGUCAAGACCCCCGCGGCUGUUUUAGAUGCACAACAACUAUUAUUGCGUUCGGAAAUGGAUGUCAGUCACGUUACAGAAGGUGAUGAUAUGCUGGCACCUAUCCUGGAAUCAAGAAGGGCAUCGAGAAUUGAGCCUGACACGGACGAGGUCGUCGAAGAGAAAGCACCCACGCUGGUCUCGCAGCUUCCGAUUUUGGUCAUUCUUCAAUACGGAUGUCUGGCACUACAUAGCACUACUCACGAUCAAGUUUUCAUGUCGUACCUCGUUACGGAUUACGAUUCAGGAGGACUCAAUCUCAACGCUGGUCAUUUUGCUCAGCUGAUCGCAUUGAUGUGUCUUGCACAGAUUGCAUACCAGUUUUAUUUGUACCCGAAUCUUGGGUCUGUUCUCCUCUGA